UUGUGUCAUAAUAUUUUAAUAAAAUCAAACAUGAGCGGAAGAGGCAAAACCGGUGGAAAGGCUCGUGCCAAGGCUAAGACUCGCUCUUCCAGGGCCGGAUUGCAGUUCCCAGUCGGCCGUGUUCACAGGCUUCUCCGCAAAGGCAACUAUGCCCAGCGCGUCGGUGCCGGAGCUCCGGUGUAUUUGGCCGCUGUGCUCGAGUAUCUGACCGCUGAGAUCCUGGAGUUGGCUGGAAACGCCGCUCGGGACAACAAGAAGACCCGCAUCAUCCCUCGACACCUUCAGCUGGCGGUGCGCAAUGACGAGGAGCUCAACAAGCUUCUGGGUGGCGUGACCAUCGCUCAGGGUGGUGUGUUGCCUAACAUCCAGGCCGUGCUGCUGCCCAAGAAGACCGAGAAGCCCGCGAAGGGAAACAGCGACUGAAGUCCUCUGAAGCAAUGGCAAGAACAAAGCAGACCGCUC